GACAGCGACUUUGGGAAAGCUUCUGAUACCGUAUAUACAUCUAUAUAUCUAUACAAGGUAUGGUAUCAGAUAUGCACCUAAGGUAGGCACCUAUGUAAAUGCCUUGAAUACAUUCAUAUAUAUAUAUCUGUAUGUAUGAGUUUUAUAAAAUACUUUACAGUAUUAAUGGGAAGAGAGCUCUGUGGGCAUAAAGGGGUAGGACGUAGCGUACUUCGUAUAAGGGGUAGGUUGGGUACAUAGGUACUUGCUCUAGGUACCUCCUUAGGUACUGAAGGUACAUCAUACCUAUUGAGCCCCUCGCCCCUCGCCCCUCGCCCGCCUACCAUCUCCCACUUCCUCCUAAAAAAACGUCAACCCUGAAAUAAUUCCAAACUUGCCAACUUCCCAAGUCUUUUUCGUCCUGUCGCUUUGCUCUGGCUGUCGAUUGACAUGACCUAAAAUGCGCGGACGCGGGGGCGCCCGAGGAAGCAGAACACCUUCUGCACCAUGGAGUCGUCUUAAACCGGUGGACUUGGAUCCUCUCGAGUCGAUGGGAUUACCAUCCAAAGGGGAUAGUAGAUUGCUCGAUUUCAAAACCCAGGAACGUUACUAUACCAAAAUCGUCGAGCGCUACAUGACUUUUUGCUCCGACGCUGGCGAACGUGACGAGCUUCUCCGCCGCUUUGCAUCGCUAGAGCUCUCGUCCACUUAUAAGCACGAAGAUUUCAUUGCGAAGCAUGUCACAACCGACUCCUCCUCUCCGGUCCCGAGUCGGCCUUCGACGGCACCAGCCACCAUACCGAGCAAUACGAAAGGUCUAUCCGACGUCUUAUCAGCGCUGCGAAAAUUACGGGAGGGUAUUGUAGCUUCUAAGCGCGUCGAUGACUUCGCUAUUCAAGUAUAUCUCUUUUGCAUUCGACUUUCUGUUUUGGUCAAGCAUCCCGAGUCAUAUCACCCCGCUAUCCUUCACCUCCUGCGCCGAAUCCAGCCGCUGCAUAGCAUGACGUCGGUCGAGAUGAGCGAAGUAGUUGGCUAUCUCGUUCUCGAUACGGCCUGCAGGAGAAAUAAUCUGGCCGAGGCCUUCGCGCUACGGCACAAAUAUCGGCUGAGAGAUGCCAAGGUCGAUAUGGUUCUCGACGCGCUAGCACACGACAACUAUAUAGAAUUUAAUCGCCUGAAGAGAAGGGUUGACGGGCACAAGAUAAAGCUGCUCGAAUAUGCCGAUGAAGGCGUUCGGAGGCAUCUGCUCAAAUGCUUUGGGAGAGCGUAUUUGAGUGUGGACUUGGACUUUUUGGAGUCAUGCGCAGACUCAAAAUGGGGAAGCCUCACGGCGGACGACGGUGUCGGGUGGGAGCUGGAUGGUGGGAAGGUUGUCAUCAGAAAGAUAAAGGCUCGGUAGGUCUGGCAGCGCAGAAUUAUUGAUACUAUUGAGUUUUUUUCUGAUGUCGUACCAUGCUUGCGCAUAGGGCUUAAAGUUCUUACAGGGCUGAGGAGACGGCAUUGGAGCCUAGGUAGUGCCAAGAUAGCCAAGACAUGUUGUUAAUGUUGAAGUGAUCUCCUGUAAAAAGACGGUUGAAUUUUGGAUUGUUGGUAAGUAUAAAAAUAACCCGAGAGCUUUUGCUGAAGAACAUAUGAGGUUAUAUGUACCUAAGGUAUCUAUAUCGUGUUAUAUAUCGACUCCCAUAAAGAACGUAUUCUCUUGAUUCCAAUUAGACAAAGCAGUUUGGAGUUAUUACGCCAAGCUCUUAUACCCCUUUUCGAAAGAUAUUAUUAAUAGGUUGUAUUAGCAGUAACCCUGGAUGUACAAC